GGAGUUGUUUGCAGCAACUUUGCCAUAUAGAGAUCCUCCCUCUAGGCAUCUAGCGUGAAGGGCUCAGCUAGAUAGGGAGUCCCCAUGUGUUUUAUGCGGUAAUGUCUGAUGGCAAAUCUCGAUUUUUUCUAUAGUGAUGACAUUAUCCAGUAAAUGUUGCCCCAAAUCAAUCACGUUUUCUGAUAAAAUCCUCAUUUCUGCUACACAACUAGUAACGCCACGCCAGGGAGACAGCCAUCGGCUGGAUCGCAGCUCAAACACUUCUGUCGAUCCGAAGCUAGUGGACACAGGCGUUGCCUCUCUGAAGUCAUUGGUUCCCAGCAGCCGUAUCAGCGCGACGGAUGCAGUGGAUCUAGAUGAACCUGGUGUGUGUUUUGCCAGCUCCUACAAGAGCCCUCAUGGCCCUCGUCCUUCUUCUUGGCCCGAAGGUGUGAACAUUCCGCUACCUCCCGACCGCAAACUGCACGAUCGGCACGUGAGAAAGCUCACGAGUUACUUGGACAAGUUGGAACAGGACCCCGAAGAGCUCUAUGAGGCCGUAGAGGUCAAGAGAGACGUCGAGGCAAUGAUCAUGGAACUCGGAGAGGAUUCCAUGGAAAACCCUGAGUGGAUGCUGUCCUAGCUGGUCCUAGCAGUUUUUCACAACCUGGCAGGUUUCAAUGACUAAGGUGCCCCCCCCAAGACGUGUCCCC